GACCACCCAUUUUACUGUUGAUCCUCAGCAGCGGUUCAUUCCUGGGCAUGUUUCUUCCUGCUCAAGUGAAACACCACCUAACUUGAGACCUGAAACGUGAGACACCUUUAUAAUUCUAAAACGCAAAGGUUGACUCAGUGAACGUUCUUCCUCACAAUAAGUCCUCACAGCUUCAUAUUUAUCUACACUGGAUGAUAUUUCUCAGCUGUGUGGGUGUACCUGAACAAAAUGAUGAGUUUCUCCUCUGAUGCGAGGACACAUGAUGCUUUUGGCUGGGUUUCCAUCAUCUGGUUCACUUCAGCAGUCAGCAUUGCUGACAUCCCUCUCUCUGAUGAUUCAGGCAGUCAACGAGUGGAGCUGCAGACCAUUUCUCAGGUGGGGGCACGGUGUGGGGAAAAUGUGACACUGACAUGUAAUGCCAAGCCAUCAGGCCAGUUGAAUAUUGUUAAAUUUAUCUGGCUGGCUAAAAAUAAAAGUAUGUGUCAAUAUCCAGAAAACCAAACUUACCCCAAGGUUCUGUGUGAAAGCACAAGCCAACCUCCCGACCACAGCCUCACUCUGACUCUCCUCAACGUGAUGCCGGUCGACGAGGGAACAUACCUCUGCAAACUACAGUCUGAUCUGGGAGCACCGUCUAUGAAAACUGUUGUUACACUACAAGACUGCCUUGGAAGUUUUGGCUACUCCAUCAAUGAGUCUCAUGUGGAGUGCUGGUUCAGUGGAGUUUACCCCAGUGGGACCAUCUCCUGGCUCCAGGGAGAUGUUAACUUAGUGGGCCCUGCUGACACACGCGAAGUGGUGGACCAACUAGGACUGUACAAUGUCUCGAGUACAAUAGAUGUACAGAAAGGAAACUUGAGCCAGCCAUAUACAUGCUCACUGUGGAUAACUUCUGCUGGGAAGUAUCUCAAAAGUCUACAGGUACCUGUGGUUAAGAAACUGAAAAAUUCAUCAGGAAGCAUGGUCCACCUGCAGUGGAUCUGUGUAAUGGUGGAAAUAAUGAUGGUCAAAUGUGUGAUUUAGAAGAAACAGGCAGACGUCAGGUGUUCAUAGAAAAGAUCAAAUAUGAAAAAAAGAUUUAAACAAAAAAAAACAGAAAAGUAGCUAAAUUUGAGGCAGCAAAAUUAACAGUGAGGAGUAUGAACUUUUUUUGUUUUCAACAUGCUUUCUGAUGAAGCCUUUGACUUAUUCAACAAUGUACAGUCUUCCCAAAAAAUAGGGAUUGCAUUGAGAUCAUUUCUGCUUUGCAGAUACAGCAUCUCUGUC